UUGUCCAAUCAAAACCAGUGCCUUCCUCCCACGUGAUCUUAGCUAGCCAUUGUGUGCGGUUGCAUGUUUUGCUGAAGGUCUUGUUGUCCUGUUGCUCGCGUAUGUGAAGAGGGUGCAAAUAUGGCAGAGGCAGAUCGACCAGGGAAGCUCUUCAUUGGUGGACUUAACACUGAAACCACAGAGAAGGCCCUUGAACAGUACUUCAGCAAAUAUGGAAGAAUAAUGGAAGUUCUGUUGAUGAAAGAUCGUGAAACCAACAAGUCCAGAGGUUUUGCAUUCGUGACUUACGAGAAUCCAGGGGACGCUAAAGAUGCUGCUCGUGAAAUGAAUGGAAAGACCCUUGAUGGCAAAUCCAUCAAAGUAGAGCAAGCGACAAAGCCACAGUUUGAAUCAGCCGCACGUCGAGGUCCGCCGUCAAUGCAUCCGCGAAGCAGAGGAGGUUUUUCACCCAGAGGGUCCCGUGGAUCCAGAGGAGCGCCCAGUGGAAUGAGGGGCCCACCCAGCAGAGAACCCUUUUUUAAAGGUCCGUCUUCCAGAGGACCGCCGCCCCCGAUGAAAAGGGGACCCCCAAUGCGCAGUGAGGGACCACCACCCAAAAGACAUGCCCCUUCUGGACCCAUGGGCAGACCUCCCAUGUCCCGGGACAGAGACCCAUACGGUCCUCCCCCACCCCGCAGGGACUCCCUGGUAUCGAGGCGGGAUGACUACCCAUCACCGCGGGAUGACCACUAUUCUUCAAAAGACAGCUACUCGAGUCGUGACUACAUAAGCUCACGUGACAGCAGGGACUACGCCCCACCUGCCCGCGACUAUGCCCCGCCACCUCGCGAGUAUCGGGAUUAUCCCCACUCCAGCUCCAGAGAUGAAUACGGGUCCAUUUCAAGAGGCUACAGUGAUCGUGACAGUUACGGGGGAGGAGGAGGAAGAGAGCCCAGGGGCUACGUCGAGAGGCCUAGUGCAGGUUCCUACAGAGACUCUUAUGACGGUUACGGUAACUCGCGCAGUGCACCGCCGUCACGAGGCCCCCCACAGUCCUACGGGGGCGGAAGUGGCGGAAGCAGUCGCUAUGAUGACUAUGGCAGCAGCUCCCGAGACGGAUACAGCAGUCGCGACAGUUACCCCAGCAGCCGGAGCGGCGGCGGUGGUGACUCGUACCCUCCUAGCCGCAGCGAGCGCAUGGGCAGGCCAGAGCGAGGACCUGCCCCCCCUCUCGAGAGAGGCUACCCUCCUCGGGAGUACGGAAGCUCCAGUCGCGGAGGCCCGCGCGGAGGAGGUCGGGGUGGAGGUGGCCGGCCCGAAAGAGGACUCGCACGAAGCAGAUACUGAGAAGGGACUUGUAAACAUGAUCAGACUGAACAGUGACAAAAAGCCAACAAAAAAGAGGGGUUUGAGAAGCCCCUUUAAAACAAAAAAAGAAAGAAAAAAAACGUUCAAAGGCAUCCAAAGUGUCCGAAGGACGUAUCUCAUUCAAGACUAUUUUUAUUUUUUAUUUUUUCCAAAGGCAACAUUCUAUGGACUCCAAGCUUGAGAUUUGAGCAAACCUUCAAAAUGUUUGUUUUGCCUUGACCUUUAUGUGUUUGAUUGAAAAUGACAUCUAUCACUCUUCUUGCCCAUUUCCCAAUUUGUGGUACUGUUAAGUGACUUUCGUGUUAGUUUUUGUAUAUUAUAGUAGUGCUGUUAAACCUGUAAUGCCCUGCAAUGUGGCUUUCAUCUACCAAUAAAGUUUUUAAACUUGA